AUGGAGAGGAAGUCGAAAACUAGGUUUGAAGAGUAUCUUGAAAUGGAGAAGAAACUCAAAUCAUUUCUUCUAAACUUUGUUGCACUGUACAUGGUUGUAGCUUCUGGGAAGUGCUCAAGUCCUGGUGCAAAAGCUUUUUGCGCACUAAUUUAUGGGAUAGGUCCCCUCAAAGAAUAA